UUGGCCAGCCGCUGCGGCACGGACACGCACCCUCCGGCGGCGGCCGCGGCUCCGGAGCCCGCGCUCCCGGCCGCCCCUGCAGCCCGGGCCCCGCGCGCGUCCGCCCAUGGCCCUCGGGCCGCCGGCCCUGCCAGGCCUGCGCGUAGCCUCCGCCACUUGCCGGGGGCCGCGAAGCCCGCGACUGGGGCGAGAUGCUGAACGGCUCCCGUCUGGACAGAGCUCUUAAGAUGUCCCUGCCCCGAAGGUCAAGGAUUCGCUCGUCCGUAGGACCUGUUCGUCCUUCUUCGGGCUAUAAGAAGGCAGAUGAUGAGAUGUCCCGGGCCACGUCUGUUGGAGACCAGCUGGAGGUACCAGCUCGCACCAUUUACCUCAACCAACCGCAUCUCAACAAAUUCCGUGACAACCAGAUCAGUACGGCCAAGUACAGCGUGUUGACAUUUCUACCUCGAUUCUUGUAUGAGCAGAUUAGAAGAGCUGCUAAUGCCUUCUUCCUCUUCAUUGCCUUAUUGCAGCAAAUUCCAGAUGUAUCUCCAACAGGAAGAUAUACCACCCUGGUGCCAUUGAUCAUUAUUUUAACAAUUGCAGGCAUCAAAGAGAUUGUAGAAGAUUUUAAGCGACAUAAGGCCGACAAUGCAGUUAACAAAAAGAAAACAAUAGUGUUAAGAAAUGGUAUGUGGCAAACCAUUAUGUGGAAAGAGGUGACGGUGGGAGACAUUGUGAAGGUCAUCAAUGGGCAGUAUCUUCCAGCAGACAUGGUCCUGCUCUCCUCCAGUGAACCUCAGGCAAUGUGUUAUGUUGAAACAGCCAAUCUAGACGGGGAGACGAACCUUAAAAUACGUCAGGGUUUGACUCACACUGCUGAUAUGCAAACAAGGGAAGUGUUGAUGAAGUUAUCUGGAACUAUAGAGUGUGAAGGGCCCAACCGCCACCUCUAUGACUUCACUGGAAACUUAAACGUAGAUGGGAAAAGCCCUGUUGCCCUUGGGCCUGACCAGAUCUUAUUAAGAGGUACACAGCUUAGAAAUACUCAGUGGGUCUUUGGCAUAGUUGUUUACACGGGACACGACACCAAACUCAUGCAGAAUUCCACCAAAGCACCUCUUAAGAGAUCGAAUGUUGAGAAAGUGACCAACGUGCAGAUCCUGGUGUUGUUUGGCAUCCUCUUGGUCAUGGCCUUGGUGAGCUCAGCGGGGGCCCUGUACUGGAAUGGGUCUCAAGGUGAAAAUAACUGGUACAUCAAGAAGAUGGACUCGAGCUCGGAUAAUUUUGGAUAUAACUUGUUGACUUUCAUCAUCUUGUACAAUAACCUUAUUCCCAUCAGUUUGCUGGUGACUCUUGAGGUUGUGAAAUAUACUCAAGCCCUUUUUAUAAACUGGGACACAGAUAUGUAUUAUCUUGGAAAUGACACUCCUGCAAUGGCCAGGACAUCAAACCUUAACGAAGAGCUUGGUCAGGUAAAAUACCUAUUUUCUGACAAGACUGGAACUCUAACAUGCAACAUCAUGAACUUCAAGAAGUGCAGCAUUGCUGGAGUAACCUAUGGUCAUUUUCCAGAAUUGACAAGAGAGCCAUCCUCAGAGGAUUUCUGCCGAAUGCCUUGUCCCACAAGUGAUUCAUGUGACUUCGAUGAUCCCAGGCUCUUGAAGAACAUGGAGGAUCAUCAUCCCACAGCCCCUUGCAUACAGGAGUUCCUCACCCUCCUGGCCGUGUGCCACACCGUCGUUCCUGAGAAGGAUGGCGACAACAUCAUCUACCAGGCCUCCUCCCCAGAUGAAGCUGCUUUGGUGAAAGGAGCUAGAAAGCUGGGCUUCGUGUUCACAGCCAGGACGCCAUACUCCGUCAUCAUAGAAGCCAUGGGACAGGAACAGACAUUUGGAAUCCUUAAUGUCCUAGAAUUUUCUAGUGACAGAAAAAGAAUGUCUGUAAUUGUUCGAACGCCUUCAGGACAACUCCGGCUCUAUUGUAAAGGGGCUGAUAAUGUCAUUUUUGAGAGACUUUCAAAAGAUUCAAAGUAUAUGGAGGAAACAUUAUGCCAUCUGGAAUAUUUUGCCACGGAAGGCUUGAGGACUCUCUGUGUGGCUUACGCCGACCUCUCUGAGAGGGAUUAUGAGGAGUGGCUCAAAGUCUAUCAGGAAGCCAGCACCAUAUUGAAAGACAGAGCUCAACGGCUGGAGGAGUGUUACGAGAUCAUCGAGAAGAAUUUACUGUUACUUGGAGCCACAGCCAUAGAAGACCGCCUUCAAGCCGGUGUUCCAGAAACCAUAGCAACGCUGUUGAAGGCAGAAAUUAAAAUAUGGGUGUUGACCGGAGAUAAACAAGAAACUGCAAUUAAUAUAGGAUAUUCCUGUCGGUUGGUGUCACAGAACAUGGCCCUCAUCCUAUUGAAGGAGGAUUCCUUGGAUGCGACACGGGCAGCCAUUACUCAGCACUGCACUGACCUUGGCAAUUUGUUGGGCAAGGAGAAUGACGUGGCCCUCAUCAUCGACGGCCACACCCUGAAGUACGCGCUGUCCUUUGAGGUCAGAAGGAGCUUCCUGGAUUUGGCGCUCUCGUGUAAAGCCGUCAUCUGCUGCAGGGUGUCUCCUCUGCAGAAGUCAGAGAUAGUGGAUGUGGUCAAGAAGCGGGUAAAGGCCAUCACCCUCGCCAUCGGGGACGGUGCCAAUGACGUCGGGAUGAUCCAGACAGCCCACGUGGGCGUGGGAAUCAGUGGGAACGAGGGCAUGCAGGCAACCAACAACUCAGAUUAUGCCAUCGCACAGUUUUCCUACUUAGAGAAGCUCCUGUUGGUCCAUGGUGCCUGGAGUUACAACCGGGUGACCAAGUGCAUCUUGUACUGCUUCUACAAGAAUGUGGUUCUCUACAUUAUCGAGCUUUGGUUCGCCUUUGUUAAUGGAUUUUCUGGGCAGAUUUUAUUUGAACGUUGGUGCAUCGGCUUGUACAAUGUGAUUUUCACCGCGUUGCCACCCUUCACUCUGGGGAUCUUCGAGAGGUCCUGCACUCAGGAGAGCAUGCUCAGGUUCCCACAGCUCUACAAAAUCACCCAGAAUGCUGAGGGCUUCAACACAAAGGUUUUCUGGGGUCACUGCAUCAACGCCUUGGUCCACUCCCUCAUCCUCUUCUGGUUUCCCAUGAAGGCGCUGGAGCAUGAUACUGUGUUGGCCAACGGUCAUGCCACAGACUAUUUAUUUGUUGGAAAUAUUGUUUACACAUAUGUUGUUGUCACUGUUUGUCUGAAAGCUGGUUUGGAGACUACGGCUUGGACUAAAUUCAGUCACCUGGCCGUCUGGGGAAGCAUGCUGAUCUGGCUGGUGUUCUUUGGCGUCUACUCAACCAUCUGGCCCACCAUUCCUAUCGCUCCAGAUAUGAAGGGACAGGCAACGAUGGUCCUGAGCUCCGCACACUUCUGGUUGGGAUUAUUUCUGGUUCCUACUGCGUGUUUGAUCGAGGACGUAGCAUGGAGAGCGGCCAAGCACACCUGCAAAAAAACGUUGCUGGAGGAAGUGCAGGAGCUGGAAACUAAGUCCCGAGUGAUGGGGAAGGCCAUGCUUCGGGACAGUAAUGGAAAGAGGGUGAAUGAGCGGGACCGCUUGUUAAAGAGGCUUAGCAGGAAGACGCCCCCCACUCUCUUCCGAGGAGGUUCCCUCCAGCAGAGUGUCCCACAUGGGUAUGCCUUCUCUCAAGAAGAGCAUGGAGCUGUCACUCAGGAAGAAAUCGUGCGUGCUUACGACACCACCAAAAAGAAAUCGAGGCAGAAAUAAGACUCGAAAUCGAGGGGAAAAAAUGAGUCGCAUUCUCCUGAUGGAUCCUAGAAAGAGAUGCGAUUUGUUGCACCCAGCGUUCACACAUCUUUGUCAGAAGAGAUUGGUGUCAGCAGCCAAAACACCGGAAAACACAUUUCUGUGGCCUUAGCCAACCAGUUUGUUAGUUAUAUAUAUUCCCUCGCAAACCUGGAGUAUAUCCUGCGGGGGAAGCCAUUUUUCCCCUCUCAAAUUGUCUGCAGUGCUUGGCCUAACUUUUGUUUACGUUGUUAUGAAGCAUUCAACUAUGUGCUCUGUGAGGUGUGAAAUUAAAAACAUUAUGUUUCACUGAUAUUGAAACAUCAGUACUAGUUGUUCUGGGAGAAAAGGUAAUAGAGGUUUAUGUUGCGUGAGAAACCCAUCUUGCAGAAGGGAGCAGGGGCACGCUUACUUCCUGUUUUGUUAACUCACAGAUUAAGUCCACCGGGCAGUAUAUAAACUUCAUUUUAGGCAGGUCGCUGUCUUGCUUUGAUUCCUAUUUUGUUUAUAUGAAGUUGGCAUAAACUUCUUGAUUGCAAUGAAAGCAUAAAAAUAUAUAGCUGGGUGGUAAACCUGAGAACAUUUAUUUGAACCUCUUAGCCACAUGCCUAGUGGGGCAAGCCAGUCGGUGUUCUAGCAGAGUCUUCUGCACCCGUUCCAGGUCCCUAUUGACCCAGCCCUCCCACUGCUGCCCAGGUUCCUCAUCCCCUGCAUGGCUGGCCACUGUGCUCCGUGCAUGGCAGCUGGUGGGCAAUGACCCGAAUCCGCACUCUUCCUCGUUCUAUCGCAGAUCCAGCCAAGGAUGCGAGACACCCCUUCUUCCACCCUUUUCCUUCUAUAACUGAAGAAAAGAAACAUAGCUCUUCCGCAUAGAUUCUAAACGUUCGCCUGCCUCUUUGUGGUGACAGGGAAGCCUGGGUUCAGGAUGGUGGUGGAGACUCUGCUGCCCUGAUCAGGCUCUCAGUACUGGUUUCCCAGCCUCUAGACGACGCGACUGUUGGCAUCCGCUUAAAUUAGAGCCCACGCUUGUCUUCUUGGGAGUUGAGAGUGCAUUUUGGAUUUUCACUAUUGGGAAAGGAAUGAAUUUAUAGCAUGUCUUCCCAGCGAAGGAACACACCUGUCACUCUGUAGCUUUAGGACCAGAGAAGAUGAGCAAACCCAGGUGGGAGAGUAUGGGACCCUGAGGGUGGCAAAGGAAGACCACCAUGGGAGAGGAAAUCUCAGUAGAAACUCGGAACUCAAACCCUGAGGCCCAGACAAUCAUCCUGAUCAGACUAAUCUGUCUGGUAGGUUAAACAAGAUGCUGACCUGCAUUUUUAAUUGAAAAGAAUCCCAAACAUUGCAAGGAAUCACCCUUUAUGUAUUGACAAGGUUUCCUUCCUUGUCCAGUCAGUGUUAGAUGAAGGCACCGCCCGCUGUGGGAAGUGUCCUGACUCCAAAUUGAGGAAGUCAUUGGCUUUCCGAAGUGCAGAGUCCCCGUUCUAAAUUUGGACAGAACCUGGAUGCCUUUGGGCAGUGAAUGUGAGUACCUGGAGCCCUUCAUAAACGACCAGCCCUGAGGCACAUUCUCUCUUCUCUGCUUUGGUUGCCAAACCCAAUUUUUGGAUAAUUUAACAUAAAUACUUCUGGGCAGCUGUUACUGGUUAUAGUGGCACAAUUCCUCUGGGAAUGGCUGUGCUAAGUUAGGAUAUAAAACAAUAAUGCACUUUGCUUCCUAAUCCUUUAUUUUAGGGACACCUACAGCUUAUUGGGCAUUGAAGUCAUUUAGAGUAUGAUUUGCAGUGACUAAGAAAACUAACCCCUCACUUAUGAGGUGCCCAGGAUCCAGAGGGCACAAGGUGCAGCAGGACAACACAACUAACAGGUGAGGCUUAGAGAUUUGCGUCUCCUUCCUCCCCAGUGACAGAACAUUUAAAAUACUAGAGCACCCAGCAAAAUGAAUCACUAAAGGAAUAUCAUGCAGGAAUUACCAAAAAAAAUAAAAUAAAAAGAGAAAGGAAAAAAAAGCCAAAUAAUUAAUAAACCAAGGUGUGUGUCUUUAUGACAUAGCCAGAAAGACGAUGGUCUAAUUGUUGAGGAGAAAUGGAAAUUAGAAUUGAAUGUGCAUUAGGUAUUCUGACGAUUUGGUUUCAUUUGGAACUAAGCCCGUUUGGAAAAAAGGGAACUCAAACUCAAUUCUUUGUCAAACACUUAGCUCUUUCUUGAACUUGAAGCCUUCUGAAUCGGAUUUGUGAAUUACAGUGUGUGUGUGUGUUUUUGUUUGGGGCUUUUUGUUUUUUAUUUUCUUUUUACAUUAAAAUACCAUUCACAUUUCUGAGAUUUAAGAAUAUUUUCCAAUUCUCUUGAGAAGUAGACUAAACAGUCUUUACAAUAGUGAAAUACACACACCAAAGAAAACAGUAGAAGCGAUUCCUUUCUAUUUAUUCUCUCCUGUAAUUAAGCUAUCUUGUAGCCAAAUGACUAAAUUGGGUUUCUAGGAGGAGCAGCUGUCAGUACAUGCGAUGUGUAAUACUUAGCCGGGGCCGGCUCAGGCGCUGUCAUUUGUCCUACCUUUAAAUUGAGGUCAGAGUGUCACACUCAACCCUGCCCCAGGGAGCAGGGUGGACUGGACUCAGUUGCAUACUCUCGCUGUCAGCUCAGUGGACUCGCCACAUGGGACUUGUCACUCUGCCACACGGUAAGUGACACAAAGGCUGGCAGGUCACACUCGGUCAGCACCACCGGGCCUGCCUCUGGAUUGGACUAGAGUGUCAGAAUGCACUCAGGCCCAGCCUGGGUCUGGUGGUGCACACAGAUUACCAGCUCUUGUUUGAGCUCAUGUCCUGUUCCGCUGACACUGCAGAAGGAGACCAGCCAUUCUGUGUACUUAUUCUGAGGUCAGCUCCACGCCGGCACAGGCGGGCAAGGGUGGCUAUGGAACCUGCACACUGAAAAGCGGGGAGGGGAGAGCAGAGCCACCAGCCACAUCUGCUUGGCUGUCUGGGUUAGCACCUCAAGGCCGAUCAGAAGGGGCUUUGUAAGAAUUUGGGGAUGUAGCUGUGCCUAGCCUGUCUCUACACCAGUGGUACAUUGUCUCAUCUCCCAACACACAUGCACACGUGUGAUGACCUCUGGAUCGGUGUAGCCCACAGGACGUGUGCUUUAGAGAUAGGAGAUGCUGCUUCUUUAACCCUCGUGAGGUAAUAUCCUAAAACGUGCACCUGGGUUUCGGCAGAGCAAGGCGGAGAAUUCUGUUGACAUUUUCUUUUCCUUGACAAGUCUUCAGGUCUUGCUGUAGGGAGCUGGCAGUGAAAAUCAGUAAUAACUUGUCAAGAAGCCGUGAAUAAUGAAAAAAAAAAGUGAGUGUAGGUAACUAAUAUCUGAAAAUGCAUGUGGACAUAUAUAUUUCAGGCUUUAAGGUUGAAUUUUUUUUAAAAAGAAAGCUAUAGUCUAUAAUUUCUAUUUGUUGUAACAAUGACACUUUAUCGUAUUUUUCAAACCAUAAGGACAAAAACGUUCGAUCAUAUUCCUGCUCCUAGGGAUUUAGGUCUUAGACCCUAAGUUGAGUAGAAUGUUUGCAAAACUCUGUUCUAGGAUAAGGUUGUCUUUGGUUUUGGACUUUUGAGAGAACCGCACAUGUUUCAGCCAGGAUUUGAGUUACUGCCCAGGGUCAUUGUCCCAACGUAAUUCAAGGAGUGAUUUAGCUUCAGCAUUUGAAAUGUAGCCUUCAUCCCCUGGGAUCCAUAAAAAAUGUGAACAGGGAAACUGUGGUUAUGGUUAAGCAGAGCCUGAAAUAAUAUCUUGGCAAAGAAAUGAGUUUAUCAGGUCAAGUCAAAAGGUGGCAUCCCCCAUCAUAGUCAUUAAAUACUUGAUGCAAAUAUUGAAAUUAGCAAAUACAGUAGUGAUGGAGAUCAUGGAACUAAAGCUCCCCACAUACACCAAAAAAGGGGGAAGCAUACAUCACUUGGCUUUUGUUGCUGGUUUUUCAUGGGCUCAGGGCCGUUAUUUGCCUCAAGACAGCCUUGGGGGAGAGUACUUAGCCGCAUACUAGCCAUUUGUCCAUCUUGAAGGGCAAGGAGGACAGUUAAAAAGGUCCCCAUGGGUCGUAGAGGCAAGGGCCCAAGAUUCCCCAAAAUGAUAUUAAAAAGUGUCCCCACAGGGAAUAGACCUGGAAUGCUCUGCUGGAUGUGUUGUACUCAUCAUUUAUCUCUUUCUCUGCACUCCAAAUUGUCCCCCAGCACACAUUUUCAUUCCCCUUUACAAGUGCUUCAUUUAAGGCCAGACCUCCAUGAAGCGCUCUCUUCGUGUGUUGGGUAGGAGUGAGUUAUGACUUGGGAUGCAGACUUCAGUGGAAAGGCAGGGCUGCCGCACCCACAUAAACCGAGGUGGCCAGAUGCUACGAAGGAAAUGAAAGCAGAAAAGAGGGGCAUGUUCCCCUGUUACCAUACCCCCAGCAUACUCCAUUAGCUGCUAGCUCUGACAAACACCUCUGCUCCCCUGACUGAGGGGAGACAAAAGGCUGAUUCUUUUCACACCCAGGUAGGCCCAUUUUCCAGUGACAAUCUCUUGCCCCAGUUGCCCUAGAGAUCCCUACUUGGCUCUCUCUCCCAGGCAUCAGACCAAGAAAAACACGUCCCAAGAUUAGCCCAUCGGCAUCUCUUCUGACCUGGCUCAAGAAAGAAAGGAGACCUGUUCGUUUUAAAAGUCAGGAGCAAGUGUCAGGAGGCUUUGAUUUAUGACAGAAAUAGGAAGAAGAAAGUUGAAGUAAUAGCACUAUCCAAAUAACCCUGCCCAGGGAACUCAGGGGUCAAGAGAGCUUAUCAAGGGCCUUUUGUAGGCAAGCUCUUCAGUGGGGAAGAGAAAAGACCAGAGAGGAGAAAGAAGCCCAAAUAUCAGGAUGUGAAACCACUUCCGCUGGGAUUGGAGUCAGUCGAAUUCCUAAGGAGAGCAUGGUACACAGCUGCAGCUGGAUCAAUAAACACCGAUACAAAAAAAAAAAUUGCAACAGAAAACCUGCCCUGUCAUAGAGCAUUUCUCCUCCUAACAAGAGCCCUGAACAAGGAAAUAUUCUUUUAGUUUUUCAGUAAUAAAACCAAUGCAAGUGCUGACACUCUUACCCCGCCUUCCCUUUCCCAUGCCGCCAGUGACUGCGAAAUUCAUGAGUGUGCGGGGCUGCGCGCCUCCAAGCUUCCCUCCCAAGGGCAGGUAAUGCAAGCAGGUGCAGCCGGGACACCUGCAGGGGUGGCACCGACAGGGCCAGCCAGGAGCAGCAGGGCCUGCAACCCCAGUGGGUCAACCUUUCUUGCAGAGCACUGAGUUACUGCUCCAAUGAACGCAGCAUCGUUGUGGUGUCUUUCUCAUGCAAGCCAAGCCAUUGCAUUCCUGUCUGCUGUCACAUCUGUGCUCAGGUUGCUUAAAUAUUGUUUGUGAUGAGGAGGUUUUAAUCUGGUUAUGCAGAGAGAAGUGGGGCUGUGGGGGCACAUUUAAUUGGCUCCCAGCAGAGCGGUGAGCACUUCUGUGGACCGAGGUUUUUUGUUCCCUCCCUCUAGAAGUGUUACCAUUUUCACUUCCUAUUAAGGUCCUCUGGUCGUUAAAUUACAGCAGCACAUUACAGCGGAGCUGGGGUCCCUCCUGGAGUGAAUACAAAUGAAGGGCAUUUACUUGUAUUUUGAGACGUUUUGGAAAAUGUAGUGAUUUGUGGCUUUGAUCAAUCCUUUUGACUGGUGUAUGUCUGCACAAACCUGUUUCAAAUAAAUCUUUUGUUAAGGUAAA